AUGGGAUGCGAUGCGAUGAGAUGCCCUUGCAGAUUGUCAAAAAAUUUUUUCCAGCUUAAUUUUUAUAGCCAUUUUCUUCCAGAGCUGGAAAAUAGUCUUGAAACAGGCAGAAGAAAGGCCAAGUGGACAGGCGAAAAGGACGAGAAAGCGAGUAAUAUGGCACCAAUCGAGGCCCCACAACUGGCGAUCCCUGGGGAACCAUCCGCGGUAGCACCACAGGCAUUUAAUGAACUGGUUCCUGCUACGGCUGCGCCCGUAGGGAGCGCGAAAAAGAGCAUGGACGAAAAGUUCGACGAGGCGCUGGCGUUCAUGGGCCGGCACCCGGUGAUGAGCGGUGUAGGCGGGUUUCUGGGACUGUACUUCGCGGCGGGUGCGUUCAAGAGUGUGUCGCGCAUGAUGGGCGGCGGGCCCAAGGCUGCGCAGUUCGCUAAAGGCGGAUUCGACCCGAAGAUGAACACUAAAGAGGCGCUGCAGAUCCUGAACUUGAGCGAGAAUAACCUUAACCGCAAGAAGCUGAAGGAGGUGCACCGCCGCAUCAUGCUGGCAAAUCAUCCGGACAAGGGCGGAAGCCCUUACCUGGCAACUAAGAUCAACGAAGCCAAGGACUUUCUGGAGAAGCGCGGCUUGCGCAAAUAG